AUUGUGCUCCCAGCAGCCACCCGGCCAAGGUUACACCGUCAGCGGCUCUCAGCUGCGUCUGCUCCCCCCCCGGACCCGCCGCCCCCAACCACGGCCUCACCGCUGCUGCACGGCUGCCGGACUUCAUGGUGACAAAUGGAGACCUUAAACCAUAAAUUGAACACUUACAUCGAGUCAUGGAUGGGUCCAAGAGAUUCUCGAGUGCAGGGCCUCCUGCUGCUCGACAGCUACCUACCGACCUUUGCCCUCACAGUCGUGUACCUUCUGAUUGUGUGGUUGGGACCCAAGUACAUGAAGCACAGGCAGCCGUACUCCUGCAGACGCCUCCUGCUGCUCUACAAUCUGGGCGUCACACUGCUGUCCUUCUACAUGUUCUAUGAGCUGGUCUCUGCUGUGUGGCCGGGCGACUACAGCUUCUACUGCCAGAACAUCCACGGCGUUCCAGAGGUGGACAGAAAGGUCAUAAAUGCACUGUGGUGGUACUAUUUCUCCAAGUUCAUCGAGUUCAUGGACACCUUUUUCUUCAUUCUGCGAAAGAACAAUCACCAGAUCACCUUCCUUCACAUCUACCACCACGCCAGCAUGCUGAAUAUCUGGUGGUUCGUCAUGAACUUCAUCCCCGCCGGCCAUUCGUACUUCGGUGCCUCCUUGAACAGCUUCGUCCACGUGGUGAUGUACUCUUACUACGGCCUGUCGUCCAUUCCAGCCAUCCGGCCGUACCUCUGGUGGAAGAAGUACAUCACACAGUUACAGCUGGUCCAGUUCUUUCUCACCGUGUUUCACACCUCGUGUGCGGUCAUAUGGCCCUGUGGUUUCCCUCUCAGAUGGCUCCUUUUCCAAAUAAGUUACAUGUCCACGCUCAUCAUCCUGUUCGCCAACUUUUACUUUCAGACUUACAAGAAAGCCCGGGCUUCAUCAAAGAAGGAUCAACAGAACGGCCUCCCGCUGUCGACAAAUGGACACUCGAAUGGGACGCCGUCCUCCGACCGCAGCACGGCGAGGAAGCUGAGGGUGGAUUGACGCUUGAGAAUAACGGAUUCUCUCUGUAGCUUGUUAGCCGAUGCUGCUAGGAGGUUCAAGUAUGUUCUUAUCUAGGGUAGUCUACUUCAAUUUUUUUUUUUUUAAGCCAUAUAGCCACAUAUGUUCAAAGACUCUCCGUGAUUUUGCACAUCUUAGUUUUAUAGAAUUAAAUUAAUUAAAUUAACAUGAUUGCAGAAGUAUUGUAGUGUGGUCGACACUGUACAGCAUUGCCUUUCCCACCUUGUAGAGGUGAUUCACCCCAACGCAGCGAGAACACACACUCACACACACACACACACACACACACACAGACACACACACACACGCACAAUCAUGCAGAAAGUCCAAAGAUGAAGGCUUCAGUGGACAUGUUGGCGGCUCAGAGUUUUAUCAACGUCGACCUCAUGACAAUUAAAAAUGAGUCUUUAAUAUGUAACUAGCAUCCUAGGUUUUUAUCUCAUCCUUACCUGUGCAGUUGCAUAAUUGUUAUUGUUAUUGCAGAUAUAUUAGACCUCUAACCAAAGUAUAACCAAAGCGUAAAGCACAACGAAAUGGGAGGAUUCAUAUUUGAGGGCAGAGGAAGUUGUAUUAACUCAGUCGUGCUCAGAAGUAAAGUUACAAGCUGGUUUCCGUUCAUGUCGACUUCCUUAGCUUCUGGAGCUUCUUAGAAUAAACGUAGCUGAAUUCCGAGACGUUUGUAAUCCAGCUGCUUCUUGGUAACAAUUUAGGUAUCAGGUAAAUAUAGUCAUUUGAUAUAUAUAUAUACAUGAAUGACUUUGGAAAUAAUAAUUGUAAAAGGAAUCUGACCACAAAGUCCACUGCAGCUUCAACAGACCUUCAGACAGCAUGAUCCGUCUCAGCUUGGGGGAAUAAAAUAAAGGAAACGGAAAGAACUUGAGAUCUAUGACAGCCAGGGAUCACUUAACUUAAAAACUUCAAUACGUCACUGUUUUGUUUUGUUUUUUAGUUUGUUCAUAAAUAGGGUGCCUUCUUCUGAAAAAGUCGAUCUGGUUUCAAAUCGAAAUACUUUAUUAAUCCCAGAGGGAAACGUAGCAUUCUUCACUUCAUUCAUCAAUGUCCAGUAAUACAUGUCAGAUUUGAAAUCCUGUGCCUCAAUCUCUUCUCUUCGUACUUAUCAAUCAUCCUGAAUUAUCAUUUCUGGCUGAUAAAGCGUGCUAAAACACAACAUGAUGCUGGUCUGAGGUUUUAAAAAAAAGGGCUGGGAUUCAGUCUCCGUCUGAACAAAACCUUCAGGAACCUUGAAAACUGACUUUAGAUUUGUACAUGUUUUUGCAGAGACGAACAGUUUCGAACUAUUUCCUAUAUGCUAUGUCAAGCAACUCAUCUGACGUUUGACAGGAGGAGUUUGGAGUAAUUCAGCUAUUUAUUUUUCGUGUCGAUUGUGUUCAUGUUGUUGCAGUCAGACUCACGCUGCGGGCCGAUAACAGGAAACACCGUCGCAGACAAGCGGAUGCAGUUAGUUUUGCAAAGCCUGUAAAUCUGGCUCCAUCCCCCCGUCGAGCGGCGCUGCUCCACAGGGCUCAUUGAAUUUAAUGAGACGUGUCACACCAUUGUACAGAUGACCUACAUUUACUGUCAACGCAGCAGAAAUCGUUAGAAAAUUGAAAA